CAGAAAUUGUUGUCAUUGAUUGAAGUGAAGGAAUGGGUAGAUUGUUUAGGUUUUUUAGAUUUACGGUUUGGCUUUCGUUUCGUAAAUUGUCUGGAGCUCCAUAUGCCAUUAUUUUCAGGGAAGAAAAUGAUUGAAGCGCAGCGUUUGAUUAUCUGGUCAUCCUUUUUCCAUAUUGAUUUCUUUUUUUGUUCUUCAGUUGAUUGUUUCAGUUUCCAGUUGUUUAUGAUGAGUCGUCGACGGGGCGGUUGAGUAAUUCUAUUGUUAAAUGUUAUGUUGGCGAAUAUUGCUCUAUGAUCAGAUCCCAUUAAUGGAACAGUUCCAUGACCAUGAAUCGUUACUUCCCGACUUGCUAAUAUCAGAUCAAUGGUGCGGUUACUUCUCAGAUAGGUUGGAGCUCCGUCGCUUACCAGGAUUAGGUUGUUAUCUGAUAUUAAUUUCUUUAUUGUGUUUACAAUCAAUGAGUCGUCUUGAGUUCCUCUUCCUGGUGUUGACCAUAGUGAAUCACUUGAAUUAAAAUCUCCCAUUAUGAUGAAGCAAGUGUCUUUACGAUUCAGAAUAAUUUGUUGUAAAGUUGUUAGUAUUAGUAUUGCAUUUUUUAUAUUGUUUCUUUCAUGCAUCCAUGUUGGUCUCAGGUAUAAGGAUACGAUAAUGAUAGGUCUGUUUUUGAGUUUAAUCAUGGUAAGAUCCGGAGUUUGAUGAUGGAUUCUAGUCACUUUUAGAUCUGGAGAAAUAACUAACAUCGCGCCAUUGUUAAUAAACACGUUCGGUUUUAAUAUUGAUGGUACCAAAGCAGCAUUGUUGGGUUCAUUGAUGGAAACACAGAAAUUUCGACGACGGUUGACAAUGUUGACCAAUUUUUGUCGCGCAUUGUCGCGUCAAUGUGAUUGCCUGUGUCAGUGGUAAUCAAGAAUGUGUCAAUGACAUUGCUUCUUCUGAAGUUUUAGUUUACCUUUUAUUGGUUUUACAUGCAGCUCCUUCAGCUGAUGCUGUCACUCGACAAACAACCGUUUUAGAAACUAUGUUACCUUUAAUGACCAACAGUAAAUUGGUCAGAGAGUCAAUGGUUAAAGGAGGUGUUCUCUAUCUGUUGGAUAUUUUCUGUAAUUCAAGUGAUCAUAAGAUUCGUGAGAAAAGUGCUGAGCUUUUAGCUAAAAUGACCAUCGAUAAGUUGAAUGGACCAAAAAUACGUUUAAUUUUGUGCAAAUUUUUACCAGUUUCAUUUAUUGAAUCAAUGAAAGAGUCACCUCAAGAAGCGGUCAACCUGUUUGACCGAAAUCAGGAAAACCCUGAACUCAUAUGGGCUGAUGAAGCUCGGACCAAGGUAUCAUCAACAAUUCGUACAAUGUCUCAAAGUUUAUAUUCCAGUCAAUUAGAGAAUCCAGCCACUAAUUGGAAGCUUGAUGAUGAUUUUGAAAUUAAAAUACCCAUAGCUGCCGAUGAAAUGGUUGUUGCUGGCGUUUUCUUGCGGCUCUUUGUUCUUAAUCCCUCCUGGACACCUCAACGUCUCAAACAAUUUUUAACCGAACUUAUGGACACUGUACAAUCUCUUAUGUCAAAGUCACAGAUUGAUGAAACGAAACUUGAGCUUUCAACAAAAGCUCUUGUAAGCCUUUUGCAGGCUAGACCUCCACUUCUGGACAUGAUUCCACCAAUGGGUUAUAUUAAAGGAUUGAUUGAUCAACUUUCCAACAGCAAACACUCGUUGGUUCCACAUUCAGCUUUAUCUGUUCUUCACCAGUUAUCUUAUAAUAAACCUUGUGUUGAGUCAAUGAUUCAAUAUGAUUAUAUACUCUCCCAAAUGAUUAAAGCUAUAUCCAGUGAUACAACCUUAGCAGCCUUAGGAUGCCAAACAUUGAAUAACAUGUUCGUUGCCGAUGCUAAUGAUAAAUUGGUUCCUAUUGCUCUUCAAGUUAAACUGAUUGAUUUCUUAUUGAAACUGCUCGACUCCGGCCAAUCCACAUACGAUUCAAGCACGAAAGCAAUCAUAGUUCAACUAUUAAAAUCAAUGCUUCAAAGUCAGGCUUAUGGAGAGCAAGUCGGUAACAUUUUGGACAAAAAUUUUAGGCUUCAACGAUUAAGAUCAAGAUAAAUAUUAUGUUUGAACAUGAACGUACAUGAAUUAAGACAUGAACAAAAUCUGCUCAACCGGCUGAAAAUCGAGAAUAUAGAUAGUAUCGGUGUUCAAUGUUUGGCUGAGCUGAGUGACAUUGGAGAAGAAAGCUCACAUAUAAUUUCUCUACAAGGAAAACAAUCGAUUAAUUACAGUGGAGUACCAGAUAGUGUCAGUACCAGAUAAUGUCAGUAGAUUAUUCAAUAGCCCCUCAAACCCUUUGUUUACAUUCCCUAUAAGGAAAGUUUUAAUUGAAAUUAUAAAGAAAUUAUCAAAAAAGUUGAAUAUUUCUGAAAAUUCAACUCAACUAACGAUCCUCAGCACAAUGACAUUAAUUUGUUAGACUUUUCCAGCAACUAACUUUAAUUUUAUUAUUCAUUGUAAUUAAUUUUAAAAUUUAGCUCGAUUAAUAGACUUGCUGUGCAUAUAAGCUAUUUCCAGUUACUGACAGUAUCUGGU